GCGAAGAGGUGCAGCAGCCACGCUUAUCCUCAACCAGAAUGGGGGCCAGGGGGAAGAGGCGCAGCCGCGAAGAGGUGCAGCCGCCACGCUUAUCCUCAACCAGAAUGGGGGCGAAGAGGUGCAGCCGCCACGCUUAUCCUCGAUCAACCAGAAGGGGGGCGAAGAGGUGCAGCCGCCACGCUUAUCCUCAACCAGAAGGGGGCCAAGGGGGGCCGCCAGCUUAUCCGGUGCAGGCGACUCAAGCUGAACGCGCUGGAGGCGGGCGAAGAGGUGCAGCCGCCACGCGUAUCCUCAACCAGAAUGGGGGACAGGGGGAAGAGGCGAAGAGGUGCAGCCGCCACGCUUAUCCUCAUCCAGAAUGGGGGCCAGGGGGAAGAGGCGCAGCCGCGAAGAGGUGCAGCCGCCACGCUUAUCCUCAACCAGAAUGGGGGCAGGCGAAGAGGUGCAGCCGCCACGCUUAUCCUCAACCAGAAUGGGGGCCAGGGGGAAGAGGCGCAGCCGCGAAUCCUCAACCAGAAUGGGGGCCAGGGGGAAGAGGCGCAGCCGCGAAGAGGUGCAGCCGCCACGCUUAUCCUCAACCAGAAUGGGGGCCAGGGGGAAGAGGCGCAGCCGCGAAGAGGUGCAGCCGCCACGCUUAUCCUCAACCAGAAUGGCGGCCAGGGGGAAGAGGCGCAGCCGCGAAGAGGUGCAGCCAUCACGCUUAUCCUCAACCAGAAUGGGGCCCAAGGGGAAGAGGCGCAGCCGCAAAGAGGUGCAGCCGCCACGCUUAUCCUCAACCAGAAUAGGGGCCAGGGGGAAGAG